CCGCCUCCUCGCCCUCGCCCUCCUCCUCCCCGCAGCCCUCCGGACUGCGCCCGGCGCACGCAAGCAAUGGAAGAAUUAAUAGUUGAGCUGCGGCUGUUUCUUGAACUUCUGGACAAUGAGUACCUGACAUCCACCGUCAGGGAGAAAAAGGCCCUCAUCGCCAAUAUUCUCCUGAGGAUACAGUCCGCUAAAGGCUUGGACGUACGCGAUCACGGGCCGAAGGCGGAUGUUUCCAGCGGGUUACCGGCCCCUCCGCAGAUGCCCCUGCCGGAAAUCCCUCAGCAGUGGCUGCCUCCGGACAGCGGACCUCCCCCGCUGCCGGCCUCGUCGCUCCCGGAAGGCUACUACGAGGAGGCUGUCCCGCUGAGUCCCGGAAGGGCCCCCGAAUACAUCACAUCGAAUUAUGACUCGGAUGCCAUGAGCAGCUCUUACGAGUCGUACGACGAAGAAGAAGAAGACGGAAAGGGGAAGAAAAUGCGGCACCAGUGGCCUUCCGAAGAAGCUUCCAUGGACCUGGUGAAAGAUGCCAAGAUCUGCGCCUUCCUGUUGAGGAAGAAGCGAUUUGGACAGUGGACCAAGCUACUCUGCGUGAUUAAAGACACCAAACUCCUGUGUUACAAGAGUUCAAAAGAUCAGCAGCCGCAGAUGGAGCUGCCUCUUCAGGGCUGCAGCAUCACUUACAUCCCCAAAGAUGGCAAGAAAAAGCAGCACGAACUGAAAAUCUCUCACCAAGGCACGGACGCCCUAGUGCUGGCAGUACAGAGUAAGGAGCAAGCCGAGCAGUGGUUGAAGGUGAUCAGGGAAGUGUACAGCAGCUGUGGUGGAAAUGCGGAUUCAGACGGCCCCGCCUCCACCUCCCCCGUGCACAAGACGGAGCUGGAAAAGAAACUGUCCUCGGAGAGGCCGAGUUCGGACGGAGAAGGCGCUCCCGACAACGGGCCCGCUCUCUGUAACGGAAAGGAACAAGUUAAGAGGAAAAAGAGCAACAAGCCGGAGUCGAAGGGGACCGUGACGAAGGUGACGGGGAAGAAGAUCACCAAGAUCAUCGGGCUCGGGAAGAAAAAGCCAUCGACGGACGAGCAGACGUCGUCGGCGGAGGAGGACGUCCCGACCUGCGGCUACCUGAACGUGCUGGCCAACCACCGGUGGCGGGAGCGCUGGGCCCGCCUGAAGGACGGCCGCCUGCUGCUGCACAAGGACCGCACCGACCUCAAGAGCCACCUGGCCGCCCUCCCCCUCCGCGGCGCCCAGGUGGCCCCCGGCCUGGACCCCCGACACCCUCUGGCCUUCCGCCUGCUGCGCCACGGACAGGAAGUGGCCGUCCUCGAGGCCCCGACUUCGGAGGACAUGGGCCGGUGGAUUGGGAUUCUGCUGGCCGAGACGGGCUCUUCCACGGACCCCGGGGCCCUGCACUACGACUACAUCGACGUGGAGAUGACCGCCAACGUCAUUCAGACGGCCAAACAGACCUUCUGCUUUAUGAACCGACGAGUCAUUUCCACGAAUCCCUACCUGGGAAGCGCUUCCAACGGCUACGCCUGCCCCAGCGGAACGGCUCUCCACUAUGACGACGUCCCCUGCAUCAACGGAUCGUGGGAGCCGGCGGCCGACCUUCCUACCCUCCGAAGCAGGAGCUCGGGCGAAGAAGCGCUUUAUGAUAACGCAGGCCUGUACGAUAACUUGCCGUCUCCGAAAAUCUUUGCACGCGUCCCACCUGCCGACCGAACGGCCACCAGACUAGCUCCCGACAAACUGUCCACUAACCCUCCCCAACAUCCCGUCUCGUCCGGUCUGUCUUCUGCUCAGUCUGUCACUAACCGCUCUCCUGCGGGCAGGUUCAAAAGCAAGAAGCCCCCUGCGACGGCCAAUGGGGUCCUGAGCAAAGAAAGAGUGGUGACCAACCAGCAGAAGAAAGUCGAUUCGCUGAGCAGUGUCAAACGCAGCUCGUCUAAUGCGGAUCAGUAUAAGUACGGCAAGAACCGGGUGGAAGCGGACGCCAAGAGGCUCCAGGCCACGGAAGAGGAGCUGCUGAGGAGGAAGGAAGGCCUGAGGAACCGGCUGGCCCAGCUGCGGAAAGAAAGGAAGGACUUGCGCGCCGCCAUUGAAGUCAACGCCGGCAGGAAGACCCAAGUCAUCCUGGAAGACAAGUUGAAAAAGCUGGAGGAGGAGUGUAAGCAGAAAGAGACGGAGCGGGUGAACUUGGAGUUGGAGCUGACAGAGGUGAAGGAGAGCCUGAAGAAAGCCCUUGCAGGAGGCGUCACCCUGGGCUUGGCCAUCGAGCCGAAGUCCGGAACUUCAAGCCCUCAGUCUCCGAUUUUCAGGCACCGAACGGUGGAAAACUCUCCCAUCUCGAGUUGCGACACGAGCGACACGGAAGGCUCGUCGGCCGGGCCCCGGCCCGCGGGCGCCCAGGGGCAGCGCGCCGCCACUCCCGCCAACUCCCCGUGCCGCGGUCACGUGCUUCGGAAAGCCAAGGAAUGGGAGCUGAAGAACGGGAGCUAACGUGAACGUGGCCGCUGGCCUUCCCCUUCACCACCGCCCUCUGACCCCAACAACCAGGACACCAGCCGACCCCCCCGGAGACCUGACCGGAGAGAGGUUCCCCGCGACGUCCGGCCUGAGGCGAAGACCCCCUCACCGUCCAGAUCCCCGGAGCUUGGCUCUCCUUUCCUCACUCUCUUUCUACUGUAUAACGCUGACCAUUUUUUAUUCCAUGUGACACUUUCCUUUCCCCAUUUAUUUGUAUAAAAAGAGAGAAAGAGAGAGAGGUAGCUGAAGAGAAGCAUCAAACCUUUAGGGAAACGUUCCCAAACCGGACCAGCGUAAAAAUGGGCUUAUCUGAUGCCGGGCAGACCCAUUCCCGAGACCCAAGCAGAACUACCCUGUUUGGAUGGGAGAGCGGGUCUUCCUUCCAUCGUAUUUAUUGAGCGCUUACUGUGUGCAGAGCACUGUACUAAGCACUUGGGUCUUGAUCUUCAGAGCUCAGCUCUCCGGGAGAAAUCCACCAGGGCGAGGUCUCACCCCCAAGCCUUCCCGUUAAUCCACCUUCUUCCCAAGAGAGCCAGAGCUAAGCGUAUUCCCCCUCCCCUUGAGUCUCCCUUCCCCACGCCAUUAGAGAAAACAGAAGGAGAAAAUCGUGCUGUGAAGCAACUGUUUAUACUUUCUUUUUUCUUUUUUUUUUUUUUUGGACAGACGCUUUUGUCACUGAGACGUGAAAAAGCUGCCGCGAUUUUUAGCUGCAUUUUUUAAGUACAGAAUGUGUCGU